AUUGCCACGUCGGGGACGUAACACAUCCAAAGCAGCGAAGCUAACCAUUAACCAUGAUUGGAUCGGGACAACUUCUGGUGGGAUCACUGCUCCUGGCUGUGCUCACAGCUCUGCCAGAGGCACUAAAUGGUUUUGUGCGUCCCACACCUUUGGGGGCCAGAUCCAUUAGGCCACGCUUCGAUGUGGAUCCCGGACGGAUCAUCAACGGCACGGAGGCCACUCUGGGCGCCACCAGGCAUCAGGUGGGCAUACGGAGGGCCCUCAACGAUGGCUAUUUCUUUGGAACGGGACACCUGUGCGGAGGAUCGCUUAUCCGACCGGGUUGGGUGCUAACCGCUGCCCAUUGUUUUGUGGACCAGGAUAUAUACGAUGGCACCUUCGUGCCCAAGGAGGAGUUCAUCGUGGUAAUGGGUAACCUGGAUCGAUUCGAAAGGGCCAACACACUGACCUUUGAGAUCAAGGAGCGGAUCAUGCAACUGGACAAGUUCGUCUUGGCCACCUAUGACAAGGACAUUGCCCUGUUGCAGCUGAAUGACACUGUGCCAGCUGGUCAUCCCACCAUCCGACCGAUUGCUCUCAAUCGUUUCCCGGUGGAUGAGGGCGUCAUCUGCCAGGUGACUGGCUGGGGAACGACAGAGGAUGGUUAUGUCUCGGAUCUCCUGAUGACCGUCGACCUGCCCAUGAUCAGUGAGGAGCACUGCGUCGAGGACAGUGAUCUGGGUCAUCUCAUUCUGCCCGGUAUGAUCUGUGCCGGCUACUUGGAGCAGGGCGAGAAGGAUGCCUGCUCGGGCGACUCUGGUGGUCCAAUGGUCUGCCAGAGCGAACUGACUGGCGUCGUCUCCUGGGGCAUCAGUUGUGCCCAGCCCCGAUUGCCGGGUGUUUAUACCGAGGUGGCUUACUAUUACGGCUGGAUACUGGAGCAGAUGGGCGAGGAUCCCAACGGUGAGGGUCCAAGUGGCGAGGGAAGUGGCGAGGGAAGUGGUGAAGGAAGUGGUGAAGGAAGUGGCGAAGGAAGUGGUGCCAUCGAUGACGAUGACAAUGAAGGAGGCGGUGGUGCCAUGACCUCCAUUGCCAGCACUCUGAGCUUGCUCCUGCCCGGCGUUCUCUCCAUUAAACUGAUGUUAAAUCAUUAAUCCGAGAGAUAAUGCAAUUCAAAUCUGUAUAAUCCAAGGACAAGGCUAGCAUCAUUUUUUUUAUUAUUUAUU